UGGCGGGGACGACGAGCAGCCAGCACGGACACACGGAGCCCCGGACCCCCUCGUGCUCGUGUCUCUCCGCGCUGCUGAGGAGACGCCCCGGACCCGGACCCACGGACACGCCCAUGAAGGACCGACGAGCGGUCCCGAAGCCCGCGGACGCCGGCAUGGAGCCCAGCACCAGCGUGACGUGCAAGAUCGUGGUGGUGGGGGACAGCCAGGUGGGCAAGACCGCGCUGCUGCACGUGUUCGCCAAGGACUGCUUCCCCGAGAGCUACGUGCCCACGGUGUUCGAGAACUACACGGCCAGUUUUGAGAUCGACACGCAGAGGAUCGAGCUCAGUCUGUGGGACACCUCGGGCUCUCCGUACUACGACAACGUCAGGCCCCUCUCCUACCCCGACUCGGACGCCGUCCUCAUCUGCUUCGACAUCAGCCGGCCCGAAACCCUCGACAGCGUGCUGAAAAAGUGGAAAGGGGAGAUCCAGGAGUUCUGUCCCAACACCAAGAUGCUGCUGGUCGGCUGCAAGUCCGACCUGCGCACCGACCUCAGCACGCUGGUGGAGCUCUCCAACCACCGGCAGACGCCCGUCUCCUAUGACCAGGGCUCCAGCAUGGCCAAGCAGAUCUCGGCUCCGUACAUCGAGUGCUCGGCCCAGCAGUCGGAGAACAGCGUCCGGGACAUCUUCCACGUGGCCACGCUGGCCUGCAUCAACAAGAGCAGCAAGAACGUGAAGCGCAGCAAGACGACGCGCGCCAACAAGCGGAUCUCACACAUGCCGGGCCGGCCCGACCUGGCGGCCGUGGCCUCGGACCUGCGCAAGGACAAAGCCAAGAGCUGCUCGGUCAUGUGACUGGUCAGGCCGGGGAGACCGAGGACGGAGCGGGCGGGGCGCCGCGGGGCGACGCCCGCGUGCAGGAGAGCCCUCCUCCCUCUGGAGGACGGGUGGAAGCUUCACUUGAUGUACUUGUUACUGGAAUAUUCUGGAUGUGGCCCCCCCUGCCCGAGCCCCGCCGGAGGAAGCCGUCGGUGGGCGGGGCCUCCGCUCCGGGAAGCUACGCGGCGGAUGCACUCGAGGCUUUCCUCCCCGGCAGGAAGCCGGCGGGAGUGACGGCAUCGCCGGACAUGCCGGUGGUGAUGGAGGGGACACGGGGGGGAUUGGAUCACACACUUCCUGUCCAGGGGACUUGUUGAAGACUCAUCACUGUGGGACUGCUUGAGCAUCGCUCCCGUAACUGUCCGUCUGCAGAGGAGGGCGUCGCUAACGUCCUCGUUUCAUCGUAGCAUCUGACGGGGAGGGGGGUGGUUUCUCUGAAGGUGGUUCAUGAUGCAACCUGGCUGCAGCCUGGAGACGGUCCAGGUCUUCAGUCUGCACCCAGAUCCUUCCCAACACGUCCUCUUAAAGAACCCGACCAAUGAGUCCUGCUGGCCGCUAGGCUCCGCCCACCUUCUACUCUGCUGAAAUACGUCGUUUUAAAAUAAAUGCUGUUACUUCCCCGUCCGUUUCUCAAUGGCAG